AUGACAGGGCUGGGGGCGUGGCGUCAGUGCUGGCCCCGCCCCCUGAUGUUGGAGCGGCGGCGGCGGCUCUGGCUGCAGUCACUCGUUUCGGGCUGUAGCGCUGGGUGCGGAGAAGCCGCUGCUGUCUGUCCGGGGAUCGGCACACAGGGGAGCUGGCAGUACAGUCAUACCGGGAGCACAGGGGUUAAAUGGACCUUCACUGCCCGGGACAGGGCUCAGUGAUCUCCUCCCUCUGCCACCAUCUCUGCACCUUCUGCUAUGGGGAACACGGCGCACAAGACCUUGCCAGAUACAAGCCAUCACAACCGUCAAGUGGCCAACAGACCUUGUUACACAUUACUCCACUGUGGUCAAGAAAGGAGACUCGUCCUGUCCCGUACAGAGUCUCCACGCUUUCACUGUCAAACAAAAGGUAAAAAUAUCAGACUGGACACUCAUGGAAGAAAAGCCAUCCGGCGCAAUAGCUUUUGUAACGGGAUCACUUUCACUAGUCGACCUAUCCAUCUGUAUGAAAAAGUCCGCUUGAAGCUCGUGUCUGUACACCAUGGAUGGAGUGGGGCUCUGCGCUUUGGAUUCACUAUUCAUGACCCAGCGCAGAUGAAGCCAGAAGAAAUACCCAAAUAUGCUUGCCCUGAUCUUGUAACACGGCCUGGGUAUUGGGCGAAAGCUUUACCAGAGAGGUUUGCUCAAAGGGACAAUAUCUUGGCAUUUUGGGUUGACCGCCAAGGAAGAGUUUUCUACAGUGUCAACGAUGAGGAGCCCAUUCUAUUUCAUUGUGGAGUUAAAGUAUCCAGUCCGCUGUGGGCUUUGAUUGAUGUCUAUGGAAUCACCCAAGAAGUGCAAAUACUAGAUAGCAUGUUUGCUGACACGAUGCCACCAGGACGACUGAGCAGUCCUCGACUCAGCACCUGCUUGCCGCAAAGUAGCCAUGAUUCUGCAAACUUCAACAAUAAUGAACUGGAGAACAAUCAGGUGGUGGCUAAAAUCGCUAACUUGAACUUGAGCCGAGUGCCACCACCGACCGAUAAUCACGCCAUACCUUGUUGUCCAAAUAGGCGGCAGCGUACACAAGGGAUACCAACGUUAUUGGACAUGGAGCUGCAUUUUCACCCUACUCGUGGUGCUGACAUCACUCUGUCACCCGAUCGCUCAGUGGCAUACACUAACUGGCAGGAGAGCAACAGGACGAUAGUGUUUACAGAGAGGUCAAUGCACAUCGGUGAGACCCUCUUCGUAGAGACAGGUCAAUUGCCACUGCCUUACUAUGGGUCUAUGUCAUUUGGCAUCACCUCCUGCGAUCCAAGCACAUUACGAACUUAUGAUCUGCCAUCAAAUCCUGACUACCUAUUGGACAGGAAGGAAUAUUGGGUGGUUCAUCAAGGCUUAUUCACAGUCAGCAAUGGGGAUAUCCAUAGUUUUUCAUUCAUGGCCAAUGGGGAGAUUAAUCAUGGUGUGAACGGGAACAGUCGCGGGAUGUUGAUGUGUGUAGACUCCUCGCAGCCUCUUUGGAUAUUUUUUUCAAUUCAUGGGAUUGUGAACCAGCUGAGAAUAAUGGGAACUGUACAGUCCAAUGUGCUUUCUCCAUCUGGCUCUCCAAGUGGCUCCCAGUAUGACAGCGAUUCAGAUAUGGCCUUUAGUGUGAACCGCUCCUCUUCAGCCUCUGAGUCGUCUCUAGUGACUGCUCCUAGUUCUCCACUAAGUCCACCUGUAUCUCCAGUGUUUGCGCCAGAACCCCAAGCAAGUAAAGACGGAGAGUGUGCAGUAUGCUUCGACAAUGAGGUUGAAACGGUCAUCUAUACUUGUGGCCACAUGUGUCUGUGCAGCAGUUGCGGGCUGAAGUUGAAGAGGCAAGUGAACGCAUGUUGCCCCAUCUGCCGGAGGGUGAUAAAAGAUGUCAUCAAAACAUAUCGUCCUUAAACAUGGAGACUCUGACGUUUCACAGGGAUUGUAUUGUAUGCUGACUUUUCUGAAAAUAAAGCAUCCAAUCAGGGAUCUACCCUUUAUGGAAACAGUGCUUUAUACAUUGGCUCUGGGAUUUUGACUUAAAGUAGUGAAGUGGCACAAAACUGGCGUGCCAGUGUCCUUACUCAUGGCCAGUUGAUAAAGGGAUACCUCUAGUACAGGGUCAUUAAAGCAAUUGUUCAGGGUGUCCUUACAAAACCGUCCAGCUUACCAUCAUUAUGGUUGUGGAGGUGCCUUUACUCAGGGGUGCAAUUAGACCAAACUAUUAUUACCCUAGGCCCCUUUAAGAAAAUCAUCAUUUAUCAGUCCAGUAAGUAGUGCCUUCCAGUGAUGUAAACCAGGCGCAGGGGAGAUGAAGGGACUUCAGAUUCCUACUUUCACGCAAUGUCUUUGCCUGUACCAGAUUGUGAGCAAAAUCUUUACUAGUAUUUUCUGUAUUGUGUAGGUUGGUUAUGUAUUGUGGGAACCCUCUUCAAGGCUACAUUUUACCUUGUUUGUAAUGCAGUGUCUUAGGGGUGGUGGUAUAGAGCUUCCAGCACUCGAGUUUAUUCAUCUCCAUCAUUCUAUCAAUUGAUCCAUUGUAACCUCUGGAGACUCUUGUUAAGGUCAAAGUGAUUGACGUCAUGUAAUAUCAUGGGUUAUAGCUCAUGUGAUACCACCCUUAGGGAGAAACCACAGACCAAUUCUUAGUGUUCACCAGAUACAUGACAGCUUAUGGUACUUUCUUCUCAUGGAAGUCAAAGAUUAAGUGUGAUACCGCUAAACAGCUCAAUAUUUGUUUGGCAAAAACUGUAUACUGCUGGUUUCUGAUAUCUUUCUUGUGCACAAGGUUGUCCCGGAAUACAUAGUCUGGUGCCUUAUAGAUGUAGUCAACUGGAAUCAAGGACACACAUUUCAAUGACUCUGGAACUGGUUUCCAUGGGUUGAUCUGUCUUGGUUUUGCUGCUCACCACACUUAGUAUAAUGACAGGCGGUCUGCUGGUGAGCAGGUUACCAUUACCCUCCAUUCUUUGUAAAAAGCCAGUCACAAUGUUGAGGUCAUAUUUUAGAUAACUAUCCUCGUGUCCUCCCGGUGCUGCGUUUUUUUUGGUGCAAUAGUUACCCACUGAUUUCCUAUUCUGUUCAAGCAGAUGGUGGCGAUAAUUUAUUAGGAUAUACACUUUGUUGGAUUCUAGUCACCACCAGUUCUGUGUAUGGUAUGAUAGAGACUUCCAUUAGCAAGUGGGAUUUUAGCCCUACUUAUUAUCACAAGAACAGGAAAAAGAUACUAGUGCUUUAGAGUGCACUUCCUGCCUAAACAUGGUGUAAGUAGCCAUUUUGAAUUCUCUAGGAACCAGUGACUAUCUAUUGUUUUUCAGUAAUGUUGCACGUUCCUAGUGAAUGGGUCGGCUGCAUUGUCACGAUUACUAAAUCAUUUACAAAACUGCAGCCUCCAUGAUCUACACUGUAAUGUGUGCAGUGUAACUGGCCUCUAGUAAUCCUCACCUACCUGUGGGGGAAAGUAAAUUUCACAUAUGUAAUGUAAUGUGGAAAUGAUGUCCUUCACUUUAUGUAGAAUCCCUCAACAAAGUAAAACGAGGCUUUCCACAGUAUCUAUAAUGGAGCUAAUGAGAAAGCUAGUCCCAUUUACUGCAGUACACACUAAUGACUGCGAGCCCUCCACCUAGACAGCAAUCUAAACAAAUAGUCAAAAUGAAAAAUCCCCAAACCCUGAAUAUGAAAGCGAUGACAGCAGCAUUUCCAAUGAUCAGAGCAUUAAACAUCUUUAUACGUUUCUAUAUUUAUAUUGUGUGAUCUUGUAGGCCUUCUUGCUGAGGUAGCACAGCAGGCAAUGUGUUAGAUAGCCGGGUGUUGUAUUUCUCGUGUGUUACAGUAGCUGACCUUUGUAUCAAGGUUACCUUGAGAAUAGUAUGGAGCGGAUGUUAACAUUUGGACAUAGGAGCUGAUGGUGUUGUAGAGAAAGGAUUGUGGUAUCCGAAGGUGCGGUACGUGUACAGAAUGGAAUGUUAGAGUUCUAGGCAUGUUAGUUGAAAAGAGCUAUGUAGAGAUCACAUAACUUUGUAGAGGGAUCGGGUUUACAGACUUGAGGCUAGUUCCAUACAGACACAUCUACUAUGAUCAUUAUUAACAAUUAGUUACAUUGAUUCGAUUCGUCACAAACUUCUCGGCUCGGUAGUUGAUGACUUAUCCUGCAUAAAUUAGUUCAGCUUUCAGGUGCUCCGGUGGGCUGGAA